GUCUUUCAGAAAUCCACUUUCACCUGUGAUGAGAUGAUGAUGAUGUGGUGAUUCAGUUUGGGGACAAAACAUGGAUAAUCUUCUCAGUUCUACGUGCUGGACAUUUGCUCUCUCAAUAUUAACAUGGAGCGAGGCGUCUGCUCAGGAAUACUGUACUAAAUUCAGCUACUCGACGGGUGCCACGAAAAUAUUCUACUGCUCCACGUCUUGCUGUGGAACCCUCUCAUCACGAUACUGCUGCUUCUUUUCACUGGGGACUUCGUCGAUCGCUGGAAUAGUCGUCGGUUGUCUAAUACUUGUUGCUGUCACUUUGGCCAUCGUUUGUAUGUGUGUGAAGAAGAACGGAAGUCGGGGCCGAGUUGUACAACCAUCCAGAAUUAAGAUCAGCGUGCUACCUACAGGAAACCACCUACAACCCCAAGGAUAUAACAAUCGUUUCAACGGCCCGGCGCCACCAGGCUACUACAACGGUAACCAACCUGUCCAGACGCAGAAUGGAUUUUAUAACAACCAACUGGGGACCGUGCACUUUAAUAACGGACAACCUGCCAUGCAGCCGGGUUUUAACGACAAAGGUCCAUUUGGACCUACGCAACAAGAAUAUGAAAGCAGCAACCCAACCGGAAUGGUCCAGCCGGCAUAUCCUCCGUCAUAUCCGUCCGAUUCUGCGCAUUCAUACAACGGAAGUGGGAUACCGCCGCCAUUUCCAUACGUCAACCCAGAGUCUUCUGGAAUUCAAGGCAACUCUGUGAUAACAAGUACUUCAGUAAACAAUUAUGGAAAUGCGCAGUAAACGUCUUACGAUGUUAUGAAUUUUCGAAUCGGGGUGAGGACAAGGGGAUUCACAUAUAACGCAACAGAUCACAAAUGCCAGUAAUUCCAAGAAAUAAGUUUUUUUUUUAUUGGUGGAGGGGAGGUCAUUGUCCCGUAAACCGGACACCCACAGGACCAAGUACAAAGUUCAGUUUUAAAGAGACUGUCCUAAAAUUGCUACCGGUUCCAGCAAGAAGCUACCUUUCGAUCAACUAAGUCAAAUCAAUCCAACUAGCUCCAUUUUCAAUUUUGAUGAACUAUUCUAAAUUAUGCGUCAAAAUUACCUUUAAAAAAUUACGCAACUUUUUCUAUUUGGCUUUAAUCCUACGGGACAUUUGCAAAUUCAAUAGCACCAAAAGACAACCCUCGCCCGCUACCGAUCCUGGUCGGACUGAUUAUGCUCUCUCUCCCACCCACCCGAAACCUUUUCCUGUCCUGGACAGAAGAGCCGGCGAAAGUCGACACAUGCGCCUCUGACAGGCACGUGCUACAACAGCUUGUUAUGAGGUUGUUGUUUUCUUUUGUUGGGGGAGGGGGGAAUGCUGUUGACAUUCGUAAAUUCAUGUUGUUUUUUCCGUUUAUGAAAUGUAUAAUUGUGGAAUAGUUACAUGCUGAAAAGAAUACAUACAUACAUACAUACAUUAUAUGGAGAGAGCCAAUUGUUGCUUCUUAAAAUGAUAUUUACAAGUUCUUAGUCAGUAUUUCACGAACAUGCAAAGUGUGCUCUACACAUUCUUCUAAUUACUGGAGUAAAACGAUAUUUACAAGUUCUUAGUCACUACGCACGCCAGUAUUUUACGAACAUGCAAAGUGUGCUCUACACAUUCUUCUAGUUACUGAAGUAAAACAAUAUUUACACGUUCUUAGCCACUACGCACGCCAGUAUUUUACGAACAUGCAAAGUGUGCUCUACACAUUCUUCUAGUUACUGAAGUAAAACAAUAUUUACACGUUCUUAGCCACUACGCACGCCAGUAUUUUACGAACAUGCAAAGUGUGCUCUACACAUUCUUCUAGUUACUGAAGUAAAACAAUAUUUACACGUUCUUAGCCACUACGCACGCCAGUAUUUUACGAACAUGCAAAGUGUGCUCUACACAUUCUUCUAGUUACUGGAGUAAAACGAUAAUUACGUCCACGUACCACACACAUAUCGGACACUUAGUUACACGUCUUUGUGUAACCGGGCCCAGUGGCUUGUUCGUCCUUACCGAACAGUGAUAGAAAGGAAAGUGGAAAUCCAUACGUGUAUGCACGCGAAGAAACGACAGCACAUCUAUUAAUUACAUACGUGCAGACAUACAUGCAUGUUUUGCUUUAAAAAAAAAAUCUUUUUAAUUAAAUAUUGUUGAUAAGAUAUCAGUAAAUGUUUAUUUUCCUCAUACUGUUUUGUGUAUUUUGUAUGCUUACAAUUUGAUCACACCUCGUCUGACAGGUCGUAAGUUUCCAAAUUGCGGCUUCCUAGCAGAGACAAUUUGUGACGUUAAAAAAGGCGUGUAUCCCCUGUGCCGGUACGUAUAUAUGUACUAGUCAAAGCCGACAUGCAUACAAUACAUUUAUGAUUAUAUAGCAGUGGAGGAUCGAGCAGGGGACACAACAUGCCUGUCAAGCUGACGAUGGAGAAGGGGAUGGUGACAAUUUUGCAAUUUUUAAAUAUUGUUAUAACUUGCAGGGACGGAUGCUGGACUUUUCAAGGUAGUGAGUGCAACACUUAAAAGGGGCAUAUAUAGAAUUCAAAAGUAAACUAUGUAUUAGGGAGCUUACUGUUUCUAGGGAGUUCGGGGGUAUGCUCCCCCGUAAAAUUUUGAAAACUAGAUGUCCUGAAAUGCAAUUCCUGCAUUCUACAAGUAAAAUCCAUCAAUGUCUUAAGAUUUACUAUCAAUAAUAGUUUCGAUUCAGAAUUACAGGUGUGGUCGUGGUGGAGUGGAGUGGGGUGGUGGUGGUGUGUGUGUGUGUGUGGGGGGGGGGGUGGUGGUGGGUUGUGGCCUAGAGCCCUACCCAGCCCCCUUGCUCCACCCUGCCUGUAUUAUCUGUAUAGUAAUCAUCCACAAAAAUAUUAAGCUAAACAUUGUAAAUAUGUCCCCCGCUAAAAAAGAAUAUAAUAUAUACAUGUACAUGUAAUAUGUCCCCCGCUAAAAAAGAAUAUAAUAUAUACAUGUACAUGUAAUAUGUCCCCCGCUAAAAAAGAAUAUAAUAUAUACAUGUACAUGUAAUAUGUUCCCCGCUAAAAAAACACCUAUAAUAAAUGCAUUAUACUAUCCAAGUUCAGGUAAAACAGCGAAGUGAGAUUCUCACCAUCUUGAAAAUCCAAUUUAACCACCAUAAUGUAAUUUGGGCAAGUGGUUCAUAUUAAAAGUUGAAAAUUAUGGCACUGGGCAACUUGUGGACAUAAUUUGAUGCUUUUAUCUGGAACGCCUACAUCAUUUUACUGGCCUGCUUCAAAAAUAUACUAAAUACGGUCGCCAUUUUAAUGACGUCAUUUGAGUAAGUCUCUCCCCCCCCCCCCCCCCCCCGGAAUUCUGUGUAAUUUUCACCUGUGAGAUAGUCAGGACAUAUACUAUCGAUAAAUACCAAAAUUAGCUGGUGGUAGGGUAGUUGCCACUUAUCACCAAAAUGAGCCUCAAUCUGCACGCCUAUUAUUUUCAUCUGUUAAACAAUGAGGUUUUCGGGACGCUUCGAAUUUAGGAGGGGUGUGGUGUGGUGUGGUGUGUGGUGUGUGCCACUCCUCUUGGAUCCACGCUUCGGGAGCAGUUCGUAUGCUUAUAUUGAUGCAAUAAACUGGAUUGAACUGAACAGAAAUAAC